AAUAUAAAUGGUAGUAGUGGCAGCCAGCCAACUUUCAACAAGAUAAAAAGAUAAAACCACAUGUGCCUCAUAAUCCAAGUCAUACCAGGCAAUAAACAUGGUUUCUUCUAAACAAGUUUCUCCAUUCUUUCUCAACUUUCUUUUCUUAUCUUUGUUCAUGCUACAUUCUCAUUCUAGUCCAACCAAUUUUACCAAAGUCAAUGUCUCUCUCUACUAUGAAUCACUGUGUCCUUUCUGUGGAAACUUCAUCGUGAAUCAGCUCCGAAAAGUGUUUGAAACAGAUCUCAUUUCCAUCGUCAAUCUCAGGUUGAUUCCCUGGGGGAAUGCUCAUCGCGUUAACAACAGCAGUUGGACAUGCCAACAUGGCCCGAAUGAGUGUUUGCUUAAUACAGUGGAAGCCUGUGCCAUUAGUCUCUGGCCUGAUCCGAAAGUUCAUUACAAGUUGAUUCAGUGCAUAGAGCGACUGUCACUGGCUGGAAAACAGAAUUUGUGGCCUUCUUGUUUAGGCGAACAGCGUUUGAAUCAACCACACAUGGACCAGUGCUACAAAUCUGCAACUGGAAACGAUCUACAACGAAGAGAUGCUUAUGAGACUGAGCGUCUUCAACCGCCUCAUAAAUUUGUACCAUGGGUGAUUGUCAAUAACAAAACUCUAGAACAAGAUUACCAGAACUACGUUACUCAUAUCUGCAAGGCGUAUACUGGCCCCAACAGACCUGAAGCUUGCAGUCGGCCACCGGAGAUCAUUCCAUCUAAUAUUGAAAAUUCAGACCCUCAAGUUUGUUAUGCAUGGAAGACUGAAUAUCAUUGACACCUGAUCAAAUAAAAAAUUUGGGGAGGAGAUAAAUUCAGGAACUGAUAAGCGAUAACUCAUUGGCCCUUCUGAUGGAUUCUCAAACUAGCUAAAAAGUAGUGAAUCUUUGUAACAUGAGAUAUUAAGCAUUAAGCACAUGGCAAGCAUAUGAUAAGUGCUCAUAUCGAAAUUGAAUUAUAAGAUUGCAACAAUUUAUAUUCAGUCCAGGAAAUUUCUUGGCAUUGUAUCUUAAGAUCCUUCAGAGUUUGCUUCUCUUCUUGACAGGGUGCCCCCUUUGAUGUUC